CGGAAAACCAUCCGGGUGAGAGGGGUGUAGUAUCAACUUGAAAAAUCAGAUUAUGACCACCAAUUUAUGGGUAGAACAGGCGUGGAAUGACUACAAAUUGCAAUGGGACCCUAAGGAGUAUGGCGGCGUGCAAAUGCUUCACGUGCCUUCCGAUCACAUUUGGCGGCCGGAUAUCKUGCUCUACAACAAUGCGGACGGUAACUACGAGGUGACCCUUAUGACAAAGGCGACCGUUUACUGUACGGGGCUCGUAUUAUGGCAGCCACCCGCCGUCUAUAAGUCCUCGUGCUCCAUCGACGUCGAGUUCUUCCCCUAUGACGUCCAAACUUGCGUACUGAAACUAGGAAGUUGGACGUAUGACGGGUUCAAGGUAGAUUUGAGACACAUGGACGAAAAGGUCGGUUCGAACAUCGUCGACGUCGGAGUGGAUCUCUCAGAAUUUUACAUGUCAGUGGAAUGGGAUAUACUGGAAGUACCGGCGGUCAGGAACGAAAAGAUCUACCCGUGUUGCGACGAACCAUAUUUGGACAUAACGUUUAACAUCACCAUGAGAAGGAAAACGCUUUUCUACACGGUAAACAUCAUCAUACCGUGCAUGGGCAUCUCGUUCCUCACAGUUUUGACAUUCUACUUGCCAUCAGACAGUGGUGAAAAAGUGACGUUAUCUAUAUCAAUUUUGAUUAGUCUCCACGUUUUUUUCUUGCUGGUUGUCGAAAUUAUACCUCCAACAUCGUUAGUUGUUCCAUUACUGGGAAAAUAUUUGAUAUUUGCUAUGAUACUGGUUUCAAUAAGUAUAUGUGUUACAGUAGUUGUAUUGAACGUUCAUUUUCGAUCACCUCAGACGCACAAAAUGGCACCAUGGGUAAAAAGAGUGUUCAUCCAUAUACUGCCAAGACUUUUAGUCAUGCGAAGACCUCAGUACCAGUUUGAACCAAACAAAUUCAACGCCGGUUCGAUAAUGCUGAAGGGCAGAGACAUACAUCCGUGUUUCUUCCAGGCUGGCUGUGGCUACGACAGCACAGAGCMCGGAAGAGAUAAAGGUCGUCGACAAACAGACGACAGCAGCGUGUCAAAAGCCACCAGAGAAACGUCCAAAGAAGACUUAUCCAGUGACGGCGAAGGGGGUAGCUGUCAGAUACACGGGGUGGCGCAGAGUCUGAUUUCCGACGAAAUAUCCGUCACCGAAAUGGCAACUGACUGUAGCAAGAGCUCGAUCCUGCUCAGAAGCCCCGGAUUUCUGCAUUCGUCCUGUCCUCCAGCCAUGCACAAGUCGUGUUUCUGCAUUCGAUUCAUCGCGGAGCACACGAAAAUCACAGACGAUGCGACCAAAGUAUAUUGGAAGUACGUCGCGAUGGUCUUGGACAGACUAUUCUUGUGGAUAUUCACACUGGCCGUGUUCGCUGGCACGGCGGGCAUUAUCCUACAAGCGCCCACGCUUUAUGACGACCGGAUACCAAUUGACAAAAAAUUCAGUGAAUACCAAACGUAA